AGCCUGAUUGGGCGGUUAGCUUCACCGGGUUCUCUUUCGUGCGUGCCUAUGGUUACCGGCGUGUGAGAGGAGCGAGGAGGGGGCGCGCUUGGAACCUGCUCGAAGAGACCCCCCCCUCCCGCCAUGUCACCCCGCUCCCUCGGCGGGCUUUUGCUGUUGCUGCUGUGCCUGCUCGAAGACGCCGUCGCCGGGAGAGAUUUCUACAAGAUAUUGGGGGUGCCCCGUAGUGCAUCUGUUAAAGACAUUAAGAAGGCCUACCGAAAACUCGCUCUGCAGCUUCACCCAGACCGGAAUCCUGAUGAUCCACGUGCGCAGGAAAAAUUCCAGGAUCUUGGGGCUGCCUAUGAGGUAUUGUCAGAUGAGGAAAAGCGAAAGCAGUACGAUGCAUAUGGAGAAGAGGGAUUGAAAGAGGGUCACCAGAGUUCUCAUGGAGAUAUUUUUUCACAUUUCUUUGGAGACUUUGGUUUCAUGUUUGGAGGUAAUCCUCGUCAGCAAGAUAGGAACAUUCCAAGAGGAAGUGAUAUCAUUGUGGACCUAGAAGUUACACUGGAAGAAGUGUACUCAGGAAAUUUUGUGGAAGUUAUUCGAAACAAGCCGGUAGCAAGGCAGGCACCAGGGAAGCGGAAAUGCAAUUGCCGGCAAGAGAUGAGGACAACCCAGCUAGGCCCGGGGCGUUUCCAGAUGACCCAAGAAGUAGUUUGUGAUGAAUGUCCCAAUGUCAAGCUUGUAAAUGAAGAACGAACCCUAGAGGUGGAGAUAGAACCUGGUGUGAGAGAUGGCAUGGAAUAUCCCUUUAUCGGAGAAGGUGAACCACAUGUUGAUGGAGAGCCAGGUGACUUGCGCUUCCGAAUAAAAGUUCUCAAGCACCCAGUUUUUGAGCGAAGAGGAGACGAUUUAUAUACAAAUGUGACUAUUUCACUGGUUGAGGCUCUUGUGGGUUUUGAAAUGGAUAUUGCCCAUUUAGAUGGGCAUAAGGUGCAUGUUGCCCGGGAUAAAACCACAAAGCCUGGAGCCAAGCUGUGGAAAAAAGGAGAAGGUCUUCCCAACUUUGACAACAAUAACAUUAAAGGCUCUCUAAUAAUUACAUUUGAUGUAGACUUUCCCAAAGAGCAGCUGACAAGUGAACAACGAGAAGGUCUCAAACAACUGCUGAAACAGGCAUCGGUGCAGAAGGUGUACAAUGGACUGCAGGGAUAUUAAAUUGGUGACAAAUGAACUUUGUUGCAAAUGAGAGAAAUCAGUGCUAUGAACUGGUCUUCUGGUUGUUGUAGAACAAAGCUGAGGGGUGUUGGAGUGACUGCUGAGCCCUCCAUUUUUACAAAUAGUGAAGGUGAUUUGGGGGCAGAUCAGAAGACGGUAAAAGAAUUUUCCUUAUUUGGGACACAACUGGUGCUCUAUCUGGAGCAAUCAGGCUCCAGCAGUUGAGAAAUGUGAGGCGUUUUAAAACACAUACCACGUUUGAAAUUCUGGUUUUAAAAUAUAUUUUGAUGUUAC